AUGUCAGGUUUAAAAGUUUCAGUUUUAGGUGCUGCUGGUGGUAUCGGACAACCAUUAUCAUUAUUAUUAAAAUUAAAUGAUAAAAUUGAUCAAUUAAGUUUAUUUGAUGUUUUCAAUACUCCAGGUGUUGGAGCUGAUUUAUCACACAUUAAUACCGAUUCAUCAGCAAAAGCUUUUUUACCAACUUCAAAAGAAGAUACUACUCAAUUAGCAGAAGCUUUAAAAGGUUCAAACUUAGUUAUUAUUCCAGCUGGUGUUCCAAGAAAACCAGGUAUGACAAGAGAUGAUUUAUUCAAUAUUAAUGCUGGUAUUGUAAAAUCAUUAGCUGAAGGUAUUGCUGAAAAUUGUCCAGAAGCAUUUGUUUUAAUUAUUUCAAAUCCUGUUAAUUCAACAGUUCCAAUUGUUGCUGAAACUUUAAAAGCAAAAGGUGUAUUUAACGCUAAAAGAUUAUUUGGUGUUACUACAUUAGAUAUUGUAAGAGCAAAUACUUUCAUUUCACAAUUAUUCCCAGAAGAAUCAAAAGCUUCAGAUUUUAAUAUUAAUGUUAUUGGUGGUCAUUCAGGUGAAACCAUUGUUCCAUUAUAUUCUGUUGGUAAAUCAAAAUCAUUUUAUGAAAAAUUAUCAGAACAACAAAAAAAUGAUUUAAUUCAUAGAGUUCAAUUUGGUGGUGAUGAAGUUGUUCAAGCUAAAAAUGGUACUGGAUCAGCUACUUUAUCAAUGGCUUAUGCUGGUUAUAAGUUAGCUGAAUCAAUUUUAAAUGCAGUUUCAGGUAAAUCUGAUGUUGUUGAAUGUACAUUUUUAAAUUUUGAUGAUUCAAUUAAAGGUUCAAAAGAAGCUAAAAAAUUAGUUGGUGAUUUAGAUUUCUUUUCAUUACCAGUUUUAUUAGGUAAGAAUGGUAUUGAAGAAGUUAAAUAUGAAAUUUUAAAUGAAAUUAAUGAUGAUGAAAAGAAAUUAUUAUCAGUUGCAAUUGAACAAUUGAGUAAAAAUAUUGAAAAAGGUGUUGAAUUUUCAAAAAAAUAA